CAUUUUAUUUACUUUGACUGUUGACGUCACAUUUCAUGUUUUAUAAGUCGUUAUUGUAUCUAUGUGACAGUUGGUUUACGAAAAGUUUCUUGUGAUAUAUCCACUAUUUUAAAACAAAACAAAAAUAAUUAUGGCUGGAUACUCAGAAGAUCAACUUGCAGAGUUCCAAGAAGCUUUCCAGCUUUUUGACUCCCGUGGUGAUGGUAAGAUUCAUGUGGCACAGAUUGGUGACGCUCUGCGUGCCCUGGGACAGAACCCCACCGAGUCAGAUGUGAAGAAGUGCACCCUCCACCUUAAACAGGAUGAAAGAAUAUCAUUUGAAGUCUUCCUUCCCAUUUAUCAAGCCAUCUCUAAGGCCCGCAGUGGUGACACAGCCAAUGAUUUCAUCGAAGGUCUACGCCACUUUGACAAGGAUGGGAAUGGAUUCAUCUCCUCGGCUGAGCUGAGACACCUUCUAUCAACACUCGGGGAAAAGCUGAGUGAUGAUGAAGUGGAACAGCUUUUGCAGGGCCAGGAGGAUUCUCAGGGAAACAUUAAUUAUGAAAACUUUGUACACCUCAUCAUGCAGGGAUAAACAGCUGGCCGCUGAACACGCUCAGUCAGAAAUAUAUUAUUUUAUCAUAGCAUUUAAUAAAGAUUGUGUGCGUCUGUUUAACUCUAUAUAAUCCUUAACUGAAGCAUUUAACCAUUUCCGUUAUUGAUAUGGAAACGUUCACAAAGAGGCGCCGCGUCCACUCCAUUGUAUCAGCAGACGGACCUGAGCGAGACUCUUCUAGAUAUGACUGAGGGUUCAUCUUUUGAUUAAAUUUUUUGUAAAAUCGAAGGUGUUCUGAAAUCCAGAAUGUUUUUUUCCAUUUUAUUACAAUGUAAGUGAAUAUUCCAAGAAGUUUACGUAUUUUAAGAAUUAUAUAGCACUUAGUAAACAAUGUAUUGUACAAAGACAUGUUUUAAACAUUGAACUUAAAUUAAAAUGUUUUGUAACCGAAA